GCUUGAUGUUGUGCUGUAUGUGCUUAGUGUUUUAACGUGGCCAGGGAAUUCCCUCUAGGAGCGCUACAUGGCUAUAUAAUGAUCAGAUGAAGUAAAGGUGACACCUAUCAGUUUACGCCAAACCUGAGUCAAAGAUCUCAGAAUCAUGCUGCCAAACUUUUAUUUAUACCUUGCCAGCUGUGUGCUGCUGCUCGCGUUGUCCUGCCAAGUCUCUAUGGGAACCCCAAUGCGCACGCCGCGGAGUUUAGACUCUGAGAAAUGCUCGCAGUGCGCUGACCUCUCCAGAGAGCUCGUCAAGAACGUUAGAAAGCUCCUGGACAACGAAAACCUGUUUGGCGGUUUAAACUGCUCGGAGCAGCGCGUAGAGGUAAACAGUAAGACCCAGACAGUCCUAGCCUGCGAACCCAACACGAACACAAGAUGCUCUGGUCAACGGAACACCACAUUCAGUGAGAGUGAGUGUCUGAGGAACAUCCGAAUAGACCUAGAACAUUAUGCUGCCUCACUACAGGCUUACAAACAGGCCGACCUCAGCUCCACUGCCCAGGACACCCAGAACCUACUAAAUAUUUGUCCAUCCACACAAUGGGUGUCUUCCUCACAGGUUGCAGACCCUAAGCUGACUAGUGGUGACCCUGUGGACCAGAGGGUCCAUCUGUGUAAGGUACUGAAGGGCUUCCACCUCCGGGUCAUCACCAUCAGCAGAGCCAUGGGAUACAUCUCUGCUGGGGACCACAGGAAGUAAACCCUCAUCUUCAACACC